AUGUGUUUCAAAGACUCCAAAGCUACACAGGAACUUAAAUUGCAUUGCACUAAAUGUACAGAAAUAAUGAAAAAUGUGCUGAUGCCGCACUUUCGCAAGGAGCUCUUAGAUGAUAUUGGAUACCAAAAGUUCAGCAUUAUAAUGGAUGAGUCCACAGACGUCAGUGUCAUUAAACACCUUGGUCUUGUAAUUAGGUAUUAUAGUGCCGCACAGGUAAGUUCAUUCCUGGAACUAGUUUCUAUUGAGAGUGCAGAUGCUAGGGGAAUCGUUAAUGGCUUGGCAUCAUGCUUAGAGAGUCACAACUAA